AUGUGUUUCAGUGAAACCGACUUUGCGCCAGCCACAAUAACUAAUAGAGAUCUUCCAGAGGAAUUAGAGGGAAAUGUUGAACUGCUAGUUCCUUCUGAACAAACCACUGAAACCCCCAAGGCAGGUUCAAGUACUACAGAACCACCAGCUGUCCAGCCAGGUCCACGUACUACAGAACCACUAGUUGUCCAGCCAGGUUCAAGUACUACAGAACCACCAGCUGUCCAGCCAGGUUCAAGUACUACAGAACCACCAGCUGUCCAGCCAGGUCCACGUACUACAGAACCACUAGUUGUCCAGCCAGGUCCAACUACUACAGAACCACCAGCUGUCCAGCCAGGUUCAAGUACUACAGAACCACCAGCUGUCCAGCCAGGUUCAAGUACUACAGAACCACCAGCUGUCCAGCCAGGUUCAAGUACUACAGAACCACCAGCUGUCCAGCCAGGUCCACAUACUACAGAACCACCAGCUGCCCAGCCAGGUCCACGUACUACAGAACCACUAGUUGUCCAGCCAGGUCCAAGUACUACAGAACCACCAGCUGCCAAACCAGGUCCAAGUUCCCUAGGAACACCAGCUUCCCAACCAGGGCCAAGUAACACUUAUGUAUCACCUGCUGAUAUUGUUCCACUGCCAAAAGCUGGGCCACGAAAAGUCACCAACAGAGGUCGCAAAAGAGGGGAUACAAAAAGUUUAACCAAUACCCCAGUACGCAAUAGUAUAGCUGAGGCACUAGCUGCCAGUCAAACUAACAAACGGAAGGCCAAACAACCAGUCAAACCCAAAGCAAGAAAGAAGUUGUUUAAAAGUAAAGCAAAAAAAUGCCAAACUCCAUCAACUUCAUCAGAGGAAAGUGGUUCUGAUGAUGUGAAAUUCACAGAAAGUGGUGAUAGCGAUGUUGAUGACCUAGAUUGUGAAAUUAUUGAAGGUGAUUUUGCAGUUGUAAAAUUUGAGUCUGCCAAAUCACGUAUUGUGCAUUAUAUAGCACGGAUUGAUGUCAUUGAUGGGGAUGAGUGUGAAGGGGUUUUCCUUAAACGAGAAUUCAGUCGUCAGCAGACGACACCUACAUUUUGCAUCAACAACAAUGAUAAUGCAUCAUUUCCUAAGAAUGACAUCAUCAAGAAGCUUCCUGCGCCUAAACAGCUUGGUGGCACAGCUCGUCGAGCAGGAAAAUUUUCAUUUCCUUGUGACUUCACACUAUGGGAUUUCCACUCAUCCCUUUAUUAA